GGACGGCGUCCUCUUCGGCGCGGCGUUCGACGUCGAGCUGCUCGUCCUCCUGACCUUCGCUGCUUCCUACGCCGCCUGGACCCAGCUGUGGCAGAAGCGGGGGGCGCGCCUAGGGGGCGCCGCCGCCAAGCUGAAGGCCCUGGAGCGGGAGGCUCAGGACGAGCAGCCCUCUCGCCAGCGGGCCGGCGGGCAGGGCCGCCCCGAGCCCGCCCCGGAGGGCCCGCCCGGCGGCAGCCGCCGCGCGGGUUCGGGUCCGUCAGCAGAGCAGCGGAUGCUGGGGCACCUGGAGCAGCGGGAGUUCACCCGCGCGCUGAAUAUCUACCGCUCCCUCGAGCGCGAAGGGUCCGACAGGGCGUUCACCGAAGAGCUCUACUCCGCGUUCAUCCAGUCGGCAGUGCGCGUCGGGAAGCUGGACGUGGUCGAGCGCAUGCUAUGGGCCAUGAAGCGCUCGGGCGUGCCGGUCUCGCUGGGCUUCUGGCAAACGACGCUGAGGAUGCUGUCGAGCAGGAAGCACUUCGGCGCGUGCCUGGCGGCGCACCAGGUGUUCGGCGACAAGAUUCCCCAGGACAAGGUCGCGUACUCCUGCCUCAUCAACGCCGCGCUCGAGGCGGGUACCCCAGAGCGGGCGGCGGCGAUGCUGCCGCGGUUCUCGGGGGCCGAUCUGGACGCCAAGGACCACGUGCUCCUCUUCCGCGUCUUCGGCGCCCUGGGGGACGUGGACUCCGCGGAGGCGACGUUCCGACGGCUCGGCGCCAGCGCCAGCAGCCUGAUGCUCAACCUGCUGCUGCUGGCCUGCGCCAACGCGGGCCAGCCCGAGCGUGCCGCCCUCAUCCUCGGCGACGCGCACGGGCUCGAGAAGGGCCAGGAGGAGCGGAUCGUCGACGUGGUGUCCUACAACACGGCGAUCAAGGGGUUCGCCCAGGCCGGCUCGGUCCACGGGUGUUUCAAGUGCUUCCACGCCAUGAUCGAGCACGGGCUGGAGCCUGACGGGAUCACCUUCUCCACGCUCCUGGACGCGUGUGUCGAGCACAGCAGCGUGGGCUCGACCAGGAGCAUCGUGGACGCGCUGAUCGCCGGGGGCAAGGAGAGGGCCAGCACAGUGUGCAUGUUGUUCCUCAAGACCCUCGUGCGGGCCAGCCGCCUCGCGAAGGCCCUGGAGCUCUACGACGACAUGAAGGC